AUGCCAGCAUCGGCAUGGCCCCGUAUGAGAUGUUGUAUGGUAGGAAGUGUAGAACCCCGGUGUGUUGGGGGUGAAGUGGGUCCACGUGAACUAGCCCACAAAGAAGUUGUCCAAGCCACUAACGAGAAAAUUGAUGUAGUUCGAGCUCACUUGAAGGCGGCUCAGGAUCGACAAAAGUUGUAUGCAGAUAAACGAAGGAGACUAAUCGAAUUUCAAGUUGGUGACAUGGUUUUGUUAAAGGUUUCCCCAUGGAAGGGCGUUAUCCGAUUCAGAAAGAGAGGGAAACUAAGCCCGUGGUUUAUCGGGCCAUUUAAAAUCAUUGAACGGGUCGGCAAGGUGGCGUAUCACCUUAAAUUACCAGAAGAAUUGAGCGGAAUUCAUGGCACGUUUCACGUGUCACAACUCCAUAAAUGUUUAGCUGAGGAAACGGCUUAUAUCCAUUAUGACGACAUUGAAGUGGAUAAUAGUCUUAAUUACGCAGUGAAGCCGAUUGCGAUUCUAGAUCGUAAAGUAAAAAGCUUGAGAAACAAGGUGAUUAAUCAAGUAAAGGUUAAAUGGGAACACAGAAAGGGCUCGGAUACCACAUGGGAGUCCGAAGAAGAGAUGCAACGGCUCUACCCUACACUGUUUGGGAAAGAAAAUCCAUCUUUUUUGUCAACAAGCAUAGGUCUUGAAGAGGACUUAGGGUAUCCGGAGUGGGCGGUAAAGGGGGCGGCAAACUCGAUUUGCCGAGCGGGAACACCGCCGCCGACCCCUUUACCGAUCGGCAAAGUUAAAGGGGCGGGGAUGGCAUACCGAUUCGGGGAAGAAGAUGAUUGA